GUUAUAAUUAUUUGAAAAUCCUUAAUUAUAGAUUUCUAGCAAUAAAUUGUUUGAUAUUAAUGAAUAUAUUCGUUUUCGAAAGUACCGUAUUUAUUAAUUUGAAACGUCAAUAUAUUUUGAAAACUGGCUUGCAGUUUAAAUUUAUCAUCUACUGCUUAUCAAAUGAAUUCGGGAUGAUGGCCCAAAGAUAUUCCAAAAAGUGAAUUUGAAAUUUUCUACAGUCUGUAUUUUUAUGUUCAGAUGCUACAUAAGUGUGUUUGCUUUGAAGUAAAAAGAAAUCAUCGUCAUCAAUUAUGUCUCUUCCAGAUUGACAACUUCAGACCACCUUAUUAUGGUAUCCAUAAGAUAUAAGUCCUUCUUUUUAGGUAUUAUUUUAACAUCUUUGACAUGGGCUGUCAUUUUAUAUCUUAGCUCCAAACUGAAUAAUAAAAAUUUCUUUCAUGAAAAUACUGCCGAGAAAGCUGCAAAAUGGAAGCUGAGACCAAGAAUUGAUAAUAUGCAUCGGAUUGCCCAGGUUGAUGCAUUUUCUAUAGAGUCCAAGGAACAGAGAUUAAAAAGUAAUUUCAUUGCCAAGAAAAAGAUACCUGACAGAGAAACAAACUUGAUAGAUGUAAACGAUUUUGAUUAUGAUUCGAAAAAUAAGCAAUCAACUGUAUUUCAUAGACAUAAGCAGGAUCAAACUGCAAAAUUAUUGAACUCAACAGAUCUAGUACAUCUGGGAAUGAUCACUUCUCCUAAUGAUCAAAAAAUCAAAGAUGAAGGAUAUAAAAGACAUGCAUUUAACCUUUUAAUCAGCGACAGACUAGGAUAUAGAAGGCGUAUUCCUUACACCGCUCAUUCAUUAUGUAAGAAUCAAGUUUACUCACCAUACCUUCCUAAAGCCAGUAUUAUCAUUUGCUUUUACAAUGAAGCAUGGUCCACGUUACUUCGUACAAUCUAUUCUGUGCUUGAUCGGACACCAGAACAACUUUUGCAUGAAAUUAUUCUUGUAGAUGACUGCAGUGAUGAUGAAAAGUUUCGUGAAAAACUAAAGCUGUUCAUCCGAACACAUCUGAAUAGUGAAAAAGUGAAAUUGUUGAGAAUCCAGAGCAGAGCAGGAUUGAUGCGUGCCAGAGUCUUUGGAGCACAGCAUGCUUCAGGUGAAGUCCUAGUGUUCCUAGAUAGUCACUGUGAAGUGAACGAAGUUUGGCUAGAACCUCUUCUGGAGCGUAUACAACAGAAUCACACAACUGUUGUUUGUCCGAUCAUAGACAUUAUCAAUGCAGACACUUUUGAAUAUAUCUCUUCUCCGAUUGUCAGAGGAGGGUUCAAUUGGGGUCUGCAUUUCAAGUGGGAUUCAGUGCAUCCUAACCAAUUACGCACCAAAGAUGAUUUCAUUAAACCCAUCGAAUCCCCUACUAUGGCAGGAGGUCUCUUUGCUAUAAACAAAAACUACUUCCAUAAACUUGGAGAAUAUGAUCAAGGCAUGGAUAUUUGGGGUGGGGAAAAUCUGGAGAUAUCAUUUCGAAUUUGGAUGUGCGGCGGUCAAUUAGAAAUUAUUCCUUGUUCUCGUGUUGGGCAUGUAUUCAGACGGCGAAGACCAUAUGGCUCUCCAGAAGGGGAAGAUACACUCACGUAUAAUUCUCUUAGAGUUGCUCAUGUUUGGAUGGAUGAAUAUAUAGAAAAUUUCUUUAAAGUUCGACCUGAUGCCAGAGAUAAGAAAUAUGGUGAUGUGUCAAGCCGAAUUGAGCUGAGAAAGAAGCUCCAAUGCAAAUCCUUUGACUGGUAUAUGCAGAACAUUUAUCCAGAAUUAGGACCUCCCCAAAUCAAGACCAAUCUUUCAGCUAAAAAAGCUCAUUUGGCUAAAUUUAAGAAAGGUGCAAGGGAUUGGAAAUAUGCCACUCCAGAAAUCCUAUUCAGAUAUCAAAUCCAGUUGGCUGGAACUGAGCUUUGUAUAGAAUCUGAAGAUGAUGUGACAACUAAAGGCUCAUUACUUAUUCUACAAAAAUGUGCUUCCAUCAAAAAACAGUUAUGGUAUGAGACAGCAAAACAUGAUAUUCGUCUAUCUCAGUUGCUGUGCCUGGAUGCUGGGGAGCAAUUCCCUCGCCUAGCAAAAUGUCACGAAAUGGGUGGCUCACAGGAUUGGAGGCAUGCAGACACAACCAAUUCUCCAAUCUACAACACAGCUGCUGGUUUGUGUCUCGGUUGUCAUAAGCCAGUUGUAGGAGAGUAUAUUCUGCUGUCCAUUUGCAGCCAGUCAGAAUCUCGGAAGUGGAAUUUGCUCUUCAGUCCUCUGCCAUAAAGCAUUAUAAAAAAGGAAAAUUAUUUAGUUUUAUGCAUUUCAAAACUUUCCUGUGAUAUAUUUAUUAUUUUACUUAUUAUUCUUUUACAUGUUCAUUGAAUGUGGAUAGUUUUUCUGUCUGGCAGAUUAGCAUCUGUAGUGGUAUUUUGCUGUUACUUUUCCUUUACUUGUGUGUGAUGUUUUAAGAAUAUUUUUUGGGGAUCAUUUUUUAAAAUUUUAUUUUAUUAGUUUUGGAAGAAUCCCACCUAAUAUUUAAAAAUUUUUACCUUUGACAUUAACUGUAUUUGUAUGGUUGUGAUUUAAAAUCUAUUUAUUUUCUUUCAUAUAAAAUUUUCAAUGUUAUAAUUGCUUUUUUUUUUUGCAUUUUAUCAGGGUAAAUAUCUCAAAAUUUGUGUUUUAUUAAAAUUUAUCUGAUUUUGUGUUAUCUUACCAUUAUUUUUUAAAAUGAGAAAAGACCUUUUAAUGAAAAAUGUAUUUUCUAUUCCUAGCUUUAUUAUGUAAGUAUUUAUCCAUUUUAUCCAAGAAUUCUGUGA